AUGGAAUUGUUGCCAAAUGCUAGUUCAAAAAUGGAGUUUCCAGUUGUUGUCACUUGGAAAGUUAAUGUUUUAAAGUUUUCCAAUUCACAUCUUUUGAGUGUAUUCCAAGUAAGACGAAACAAAGCAAUAGCCUUUUUUGAAGAAAAUGCUUUUGCAAUUUUCAUCGAGAGAAGGCGUGGAACGAAUGGAUUAAUUAAGCGCAGUAAUGGAACGUAUCUUUACAAACAUGAGUUAUUACAACUGCUGCGAAAUAUUGCAAAUAGCACAAGUCAAAUCGCAUUACAGAAAAUCAUUGAUGCAUUGAAAAACAGCCAUCUGUGGAAAGAAUCGCUGCAACUGCAGAAAUACUUUGAUGAAUUUUGGGGAUUACACUUGCAGAAAUGGGUGCGUUUUUACAGGGAUGAAUCGUUGCGCGUUGCCAUUUAUACAAACAACGGAGUGGAAAGGCAAAAUAACUGGUUAAAGGAUUCAUAUUUAGAGGACAGACGAAAUCAUUCGAUAAGUGAUCUCGUCAAUAUAUUACUCACACAGUUCCUGCCUGAUAGCUACAAAAAAUAUAAGGAACAGAAUAUCAAAUCAUCCGAUUCGUACAUGACUGCUUUCUUUCCACAACAGAUUAUUGCUCCAACUAAAUCCAAAAUGUUAGAAAUAAGUGUGUUAAAAAAGCCAAACAAAUUCAGGAUGAGCUUUACAUUUUGGAUGAUGAGAAAGUUUUGGACAAAACCCUGGAGAUGUUACAAGAGGUAAUACAAUACACAA